GGCUGACGGACUUUGAGGAUAAAGGAGACUUAUACGCGUAAGACUAUGACUGCAUAGAAGAAAAAUAGAGAAAGAGAGACAGAGCUUAGCCAGGAAAAUAUAAAAGAUGAUAUAUUCUCUUUUAGGCAUCAUGGUGUUUGGUUUUUUCUUUUAGGAAAUCAAACGGACAGAGGCAAAAACCAGAUCAUCAUCAACCUCUAGCGUCCUAUAUUUUUGUGAGGGUUUUUGUAAUUUACAGUGCUACUAAAAAAACAACCUGACUUGGGUUUUGGCAGAAUCGAUUGGAGUGUGUCUAAACACAAAAUACUUGUUUUUUUUGUUCUUCUUUUAGCCUCCUUAAUUAGAGCCUUUCCAAAACUAGUCUAUUUUUGAUCUUUUGUGAACGACUAAGCUACAAAAAGAGAUAUGCAAAUGAUGUCCGGUGAUGGGUUUUCGAUUAAUAUGUCAUCCGCCAUUGACGGGUUUGCUCAAGAUCAUCAACUAAACGAUAACCCUAGCGGUGGCCUAAAACCCAAUCCUCCUAACGCCGUCGCCAAAAAGAAGAGAAAUCUCCCGGGAACACCAGAUCCAGAUGCUGAGGUUAUUGCCCUAUCUCCGACAACAUUAAUGGCAACAAACCGGUUCGUCUGCGAAAUAUGCAACAAGGGUUUCCAGAGAGACCAGAAUUUGCAGCUUCACCGAAGGGGUCACAACCUUCCCUGGAAGCUCAAGCAGCGACUGAACAAGGAGGUGAAGAAGAAGGUUUAUAUUUGCCCCGAGAAGACCUGCGUCCACCAUGACCCGUCGAGAGCUCUUGGAGACCUCACCGGAAUAAAGAAGCAUUUCAGCAGAAAACAUGGAGAGAAAAAGUGGAAGUGUGAGAAGUGUUCUAAGAAAUAUGCUGUCCAAUCGGAUUGGAAAGCUCACUCCAAGACCUGUGGGACUAGAGAGUAUAAGUGUGACUGUGGAACCCUCUUUUCCAGGAAAGAUAGCUUCAUCACGCACAGAGCAUUUUGUGAUGCCCUAACUGAAGAGAGUGCUAGGCUCACUACUUCAUCAGUUAUUGGAGUUCAUUCAAAUCUCAACUUUGGAAAUGAUGCAAUGUUAAACAAUCCAAUGAUGAACAAUAGUCAAGCAGUAGUUCAAGAUGUGUCUCAAAUUUCCAUGCAGUAUGGGCAAGGUUUGAUGAGGCAAGAUUUCAAUGGCUUAGAUCAGCUUCAUCAACAUGAGAAGCCAAGAUUGUCACUAUGGUUGAAUCAGCAGGCAACCAGUAAUUCUAAUCAGGUUAAUCUGAUGGAUGAUAUGCAAGCAAAUCCUAAUCAUCCGCUUUAUGUAACAUCAUCAAGCUCUAAUGCUUUUCCGGAAAUGGUGCAAAUGCCAUCGUCUUCCAACAAUGUCAAUCUUUUUGGCUCAUCUAAUUCCAUGACAACUUUUAGAGCUUCAACAAGUGGUGCAAAUCUCUCUUUGUCACCAGGUCAAGAAAGCGGGACUAGUAAGCUCAUUGGGAAAAAUAGUAAUUUAGUGAGCAGCGGCACGUCCAAGCCACCGGCUGCCCCAAUGUCAGCCACAGCACUUUUACAAAAAGCAGCUCAAUUGGGUUCGACUAGAAGCAGCAACAACCAAGGCAGCAGCUUGGGUGUAAAUGUAAUGUCCUCAUCAUCUUCUUCCAACACUUUGAGGGGCUUCUCGAAUUUGAACCAAAAUCGAUCGAACGAGCUUCAUCAAGUUGUUCAAAAUGCACAUCAAUCAGGUGGUGGUAGUGCAAAUUUGAGUUCAUUAACAAGUUCAUCAUCAAAUACUAGUGCUACUACACUUGAGCAGCUGAUGAAUACUAUUCAACGGGGUCCGAGCAAUAUCGGAAGUAUUGAUCAUCAAAACAGUCUAACUAGGGACUUUUUGGGCAUGGGAGGAGCAGGAGGAGGAGAACAUAUUGAUCAGUUAUCCCAUACCAAUAGGCAAAUAUUUUUUCCACAAGAUCUAGCCAAGUUUGCAUCUUCAAUGAGCCAAUUCACUCGCAACCACUAGAGUCCUAAUCAGAAAACUCAGGGAAGGACUAAGAUAUGCACCAUUACGGACACCACUAUAGUUCCCUUGACUAAUAAUAUAAUGUUGUAUGUAAGUCUUCAUGCAUAUUUCAUUGCAGUAUUAGUUCGGAAUACUGGCUAACGCCGUGUAGUAAGUCAUUCUCGAAAACUCAAUGUUCAUGUUGACAUAUUCAAAGUCAGUCUGAAUCAGGACACCGAGUUGAUGAAUUCAAACUCAGAUGGGGACCGCAUGCUUGCUGAAGGAUCAAUAAGGAUGAUGGGGGAGCUGGAUCUCUGUGGCUCUGCCUCUGGAUGCAGCAGGCAAAUGUGGUCUCAACUAGCUAGAGAGAGAUCAUAUUUAGUUUUUUUUCGGAUGGGGCCCAGCAUUGUAUUUGCAUGUCUGAAAGCGACAGAACGAAGAGCAAACUUCAAAUUAUAUAUAUAUUUGCAUGUUUUCGUUG